AUGAGUUUAAAUUUCAGUAUAGCUAAUGUAGUAUAUGUUAAGAAUCUUUCAAGUGAUAUAACUGAAGAGAAUAUAAGAGAAAAAUUUGGUUCUUGUGAUGAAAUAAUAAGUAUUACAUUUAAGAAUUUUCCAGGACUUAAUCAGAAAUAUUGUCAAAUUGAAUUCAAGACAUCAGAAGGUAUAACAAAUGCAUCUAGGUUAAAUGGAGAAUCUCUUUUGAAUGUCCCUAUGGUUGUGAGUGUCAUAGAACCCAUAAUAAAUAAUACUAAUUUGAGUGAAUUAUCUACAACGGAAUGUGAUAAAAAUGUAAAUAGUUUGUUAGAUGUUCGAAACAGUAUAACGAAUCAGGGUGUACAAACUCUCCUUUUACAAAAACAAGUAAUAUCUGAACAGAAAAAAAGACUCGUUGAUUUUCAAAACUCAUUAAAUGAAAAAAAUAACAAAUUUGAUGUUUUUUCAAAAAUUGUGUAUAUGGAAAAUAUCCCAGAAAAGUACGGUGAAGAAGAUAUUAAGGCAUUUUUUCAAAACGUCGGAAAUACCACAAGUUAUAAAUUACAAUACAACGAACAGAAAAAGGUACACACGGCUUUUGUCGAAUUUAAAAAUGAAGAGCAUGCGAAAGCAGCUUUAAAUUUAAGUGGAACCAAAGUAGGACUACAUGAGAUAUGUAUAAGAGAUGCAUAUAGCUUAAUUAAUGACAAAGACAUUUUAAAAAAUAAUUUUUCAUUUUAUAGUAAUAAUACAACGGGUGAGAAUAGUAGCAACAAUCUUGUGAAUACAAAUACAAUUAUGAACAGUACAAAUAAUUUGGCAAUUAUAAAUAAUAUGAAUAACAUUAAUAAUAUUAAUAAUAAUAAUAAAUUUUUAUUAACAACUAAUCCAAAUGUUAAUCAAAAAGUAGAAAAGGUAUUAGCUUUAAAAGAAAAGCUAGCCAUGAAAUUAUGUGCCAUGUAUAACCCAAAUAUGCUCCUAGUAAAUAAUUUAGUUCAAGCAACAAAUCCAUAUUUAUUAAAUGUAAAUAAUACAGAAAAUGCAAACCUCCAACAAAUUAAUUUAGAAACUGCAAAUUCAAGACAAGAAGGAAAACGUAAUGAUACGCAAAAUGAUAAAACUGAAAAAGAAAAUGAAAAAGAAAAUGAAAAAGAAAAAGAUAAAGAAAAUGAAAAAGAUAAAGAAAAAGAUAAUAACUCAAUAGAUAAAAGUUCCUAUGAUAGACAUCGGGAAAGAAAAAAAUCAGAUAAUAUAAAAAUUAAAAAAUAUAAACAUAAAAAUUCAACAAGUAGUAAAUAUAGUUAUUCAUCAUACAGUGAAGAAAAAACUUCCUCACGCAGUUAUUCACGUAGUAGUACAUCAAGUAAUAAACAUAAAAGAAAUACUAUAUCAUAUGUUAGAAGAGAAAAAAAAUAUAUAUAUGAUAAAAAUAAAAAAAGAAAAAGGUCAUAUAAUUAUAGUAAAUCAAAUAGUUCAUAUUCAAAUAGUAAGAGUAAUUCAAGAAGUUCAUAUGAAUCAGAUUAUCAUCGUUAUAAAAGUAGUUAUCGAAAAAUAAGUAAAAGAAAACGUAGUCAUAAAUAUACAACUUCUUCUAGUCGUAGCAAUUCAUCUUAUUCAGAAAGAAGAAGAAGAAGUAGAAGAGAUUCAGAAGUCUCCAAACCAUGGUGGGUAAAAGAAUCAGAGAAAAUGAAAAUGAGGCAAAAAAUCAAGGAAAAAAAAAUGCGUGAAAUGGCAAUUAGAGAAAAAAAUAGAAGGUAA